UCUUUAGUUUUGGACGGAUGUUUUACCGAGUCUUCGGUGAAUUGUUGUAUUUAUCGCGCUGUACAACACCGUAAUUAAUCGUGAAAAAAAGCUUAUAAAUACUGUAAGCGAUGUAACGAUUAACGACAAGUUCAACGUUAUCUAUGCCCCUGGUGAUUAUUGACAAGAAAAAUGAUUGUGUUUACAUCCAAGUUUGAAGUGAGCUUUUCUGUAUUCCUGUCACACUGAGCCUUUAAGAAACCGAUGAAAUUGAAAGCGGUGCAUGCAGGCAUCAUCGCACCCGCUGGCCCUCUCAAUCCCCAGCAGUUGACAUAAGUAAUAAAUUAAAACCCAAAGAGUAGCCAGUAAAGCCUUCAAGACGUCGACCCAGCCAGCGAGCAAAUCAACAAGUGGGGCGGCUGGAAGCUGCGGUACCGAGGUUAAAGACUCCCCGGGGCCGUUGCCUGCGCCACCGCCAUCCACUUCACCACCGCCGGUCCACCAUCCAGCCCUAAAUGCUGGAGUUGUCGAGCCCGAGGUAGAUAAACUUACAAAUCAACCCAAUUGUGUGGACACCACCGUGGAGGACACAGUGGUCGGUGGAAAUGGCGACGACGAAGCUGUUAAAACUGAGACCACCAUGAGUUUGCAAACAACCACUGACACUGACCAACCCUCGAGGCCAGCCACACCACCACCACCAGCACCACCACCAGCAGCAGCAAUAAUGUCGGGGAGUGUGGUGGUAACGAACAAGGCGACUGUGGUCUACCCGAUAAACCAAGUCAAAGUUCAGCCCCAAUUGAGUGCAAAGCCUCGUUCUGCGAGUCCUGGAGUCAUCACAAGUGCAGGAAAAUUAGCGAUGAUCCCUGGUAACAACAAGAUCCCAAUGGAGGGCCAGAAAACCUGCCCUGCAGGCACCAUAACUCCAAUUCUAGCCACACGAAUCAUACCCCAGAGGGUGCCUGGUGUUCAGCAGCACACAGUGACGACUUCCUCGUCGAUAACUCCCCAAUCAAAAAUUGUCAUCAACAAUGCAGUGACUUCUGGCCAGAUUCCAAUAACCUACGAAGCUGUUCAAGUAGCCAAUCACCAGCAAACAGCCAUAAUCCAAGGCAUCCAGCAGAUUCAAACACUCCCCACAGGCACCGUGAAAACAGUAUCAUCGAACAUCACAGGAGUCUCCAAUCUCCACAGAAUCCAAACAAACGCUAAAGGACCACCUGUCAAUUUCCAGAAGGUCAAGACAAUUACGAGUGUGAGUAAUCAGACGACAGUUGUUUCCAAGAAUUUAGUUUCACGGAUUCAAGUACCAAAAUCACAGAUCACUAACGCUGUACAUCAGAUAACACCGAUGACUGUUAAUCAAGUUAUAACGAGUGUCAAUAAUGCUCCAAGAUUUCAGCCGAAUGCAACGAUAACUGUGCAAAAAUCACAGGUGAGCAGUCAGCGAUUGAAUCCAGGAAACGGUGAGAAUCAUCAGAAUAACAAGGCUCAGGGCAUUCAGUCACAGGCCCAGAAAGUGGCUGGACCGUCCCAGAAGGCACAAAAUGUUCCAAGACAACAGUCGCAAUCCCAACAAAAAAUGAACAGUAUGAAGAAGGGAGCUGUAGCUGGCCUACAAAAAGCUCCGAUUCAGAACCACCAGGGGUUGACUAAUGCACAAGCCUCAGCAACAAUGCCUGGAAAUCAGAGUCGAAGCCUGGGAGCGCCUGGAAAUAUUCUGAAAAGUGAUAAUAGUAAUAGUACCAGUAAUUCACAAUUGAACGUGACAAAAACAUCACAUGCAGCUGUCACGGUUGUCAGUAAAAAUCAGACUGUUGUUCAGCAGAUUAUUCCCCAGGGACAGCCACAGCAGCAGAUUAUUCAGAAACAGCUGGGGGGAGGUGCGCAGAGAAUUCAGGGAAAUGUUAAUAUACAGCCGAAGGUUAAUGUUGUGACGCAGGGCUUGACGAGUUUGCCGGUGAAUGCAAAGGGUUCGACGAUUAUAAAUGCCAAGAUUCAGCAGUCACAGCAGCAGAUGCUACUGAGAUUGGAGCCGGGGAAGAGUCCAGCUGGGAAUAUUCAGGGGAGUGUGAAGACAAUCGCGCAGAAGGGGAAUGUGAUGAAGAAUUCACCGAUUGUGGCGCAGCAGUCCCUCCAGAGAAACACGACAGUUCAGCCAGUGAAAAUAAUCCAGCAGGGAGGGCAGAGUUAUCCAGCUGGUUAUCCUCAGGGGGUCCCCCAGAAGCAACCUGGAUGCAUCAAGACCAUUCCGGCGCAGAAGCCACAGCAGAGGAGUCAGGUACAGUCGAAACCUGGAAUAAAAACAUCACUCAACACCAAUAUGAACACCUUGAAGACCAUUGGCACAGCCAAUACAACAGUGAUAACCCAGAAAUCCAGUAUAAAAACACUGCUUCCACAUCAACAGAAUACUUCCAGUGUUGUCGUCCAGAAGAGCCAACCGAUUAAGAUUCAGUCGACUAAUCUCCAGCAGAAGCAGCUGUUUGUGGCUUCGCAGUUUGCUGGACAGCAGCACCAGCAGGGCCAACAGCAAGUGAGGCAUGGACAGAUAAAGACUAUUUUACCUGUUACUUUGGCGUCAGAGAUACGCAAAGAGAUGGAAUCUAAAAUUGAACCCGAGAGCCAAAUGGUUGUGAGAGGCGAGUAUGAGGAAGAGGAGCUUAAAGCUGUGCAACACUCACCAGUUCGCAGAAUGCCCCUUCCAUAUGAGUGCCUCCAGUUUGUCCUCCAGGACCACAACUACGGAGCGCCGCCCCCACGAACGCCGCCGCCCUCCUCACCGCCCCUGAAACAACAACCGAUAAACAACGGGACAGGCCCAGCCCUCCCGCACCAGUCAUUCAUCUACAACCAGGGUGUCCCAAUAACCACCAACACAGCAGACGACGCAGCGAGUGCAAUCAGCAGUGAGCCAGGCAGAGAAGUCGAGCCCGAGGGUGAGGAGACUGAAACAGCCCCCGAGGGUGAGGGCGACGAGGAGGACAGCAUAACCCGCUGCAUCUGCGAAUUCGAGCACGACGACGGCUACAUGAUCUGCUGCGACCGUUGCCUUGUGUGGCAGCACGUCGACUGCAUGGGCAUCGACAGAUCGAACAUCCCUGACGAGUACCUCUGCGAGAUCUGUCGUCCGCGUCGAGUGGAUCGUCAACGAGCCCGCACCCUCCAGAUGCGAAAACGCGAGGAACUCCUGAACUCCGACACCUCCUCGGACACCUCCUCGACGUCCUCAGCCGACACGAACGUCCCCGCGCCCCCAAACCCCAAAAAACGAAACAUCCAGCAAUCACGAAAGAAGGCAGAAACACCAUCGCAAACCCGAAGGCUAAAUAACAACAACAACGAGAGCAACAGCAACCACAAUGCCCUGAGCACGACCCCCAUCGCCACAAUUCCACCGACACCCAACACAACUCCAAGCUCCGACAUCGCGAGUGCUCUGACAGCGAACACAACAGCCUCGAACCCCACGAGCAACAGCAACAACAACACGACCACAAACAACAACAACGUGACCAAGAGGCCUGGCAGACGAGAGCAAAAUCCCCGACAAUCGAGUGUCCAAUCGAGAAAGAAGGAGGCAGUGAAACGUGGUCCUGGCAAGAGAAAAGGGAAGCGCAGACGAAGCAUAAACGACGACGACGAGAAUCACGAGUCCUGGGGAUCGACAGUGGUGCCCCUGAGACAGUGGAUCGAGCGAUACGAGGAGGCAGUGACGAACCACUACAGUCCAGAAUUGAGAGCGAGAAUAUGGAGCAUCAAAGUCAAUGGCACCCACGGUGACUCCAGACAGAAUAACAAUAACAUGAGUGCAGUGGCUAGUGGCAAGUGUCGAGUUAAUGUUCACAGUAAUAACGUCAAGUAUCUGAUGGCGACCAUGUAUUUGCCCCCUAAUACACCAGUUGUUGAGCUACGAGGGAAGUACAUGCUUAGUGCACAGCACAGGCCAGCCCAUCAUGGCCAGGGGAGACAGCACGCCCAGCGUCCUGGGCCAUUUGUGUUCUUCUACCGAUUGCCACGUGACGAGACUGAGGUGUGUGUUGACACAAGGACAUAUGGGAAUGACGCGAGAUUCGUGAGACGAAGUUGCACACCCAAUGCCGAGGUGAGGCACUGCAUCGAGAAGGGGACACUUCAUCUGUACAUCGUGACGACUUCGGCGAUCGAUAAAAAUGCGGAGAUAACGAUUCGUCACGAGCAGCACAAUCUCCUGAUGUCGCCGAAUAGUUCAAAUACGAAUUCCGUUGGGAAUUCAACGCUACCACUGGCGUGUGCCUGUGGCAAUCCUCGAACCUGUCAGAUUGCUUCGGUCGUGGUGGGACAGGUGGGCCCGACGAGGAGGAGCAGCAGUGGUGCCUCUGCGGAUAAUUCAGACGGUCGAGAGAGGAGACGAAGAGGAAGGAAGAACACGACCCCUGAGGAGGAUGCCGGGGCGGCUGGUGGUGCAGCCAGUGCUCCUCAGAGUUUGUCAACGACACCAAGUUCGUCUAACGAGCCCACUGCAAGUGGAACUCUGGGUGCAACACCUAAGAGAGCUGUUGAGCCUCGUGACAAGCCGAAGGAGGAGGUGCCCCAGGUGGCGCAGCUGCCGCCAGCCCUGGCUGAUCCACCUCCGCAGAUACCCUCGCAGACGUCGACACCCAGUGACACCCCUCCCCAGGAAACGAAGAAGGACAAGAAGAAGAUGACACGUGAGGAGAGGAAGAUGGAGGCGAUAAUGAAGGCCUUCGAGAGGCUGGAGAAGGCGGAGCAGAGGAAGCAGGAGGUGCAGGCGAGAAACGCCCAGAGGAAGGAGUCCGGGGGUGCGCAGAGUGACAACGACGACAGGGAUCACCAGCCAAUUCUCAGUCAUCCCACGAAGACCCAGAAGCAUCACGUGGAGAGGCCUGUUCGACGUAAGAGGAGAAAGGGGAGAGCCAGGACCACCAGCACUUCCCAGUCGUCCAGCCACAGCAGAAGAACGAGAUUAAACUCUGCGGAUUCAGAUCUCUCCUCAGCUGACGACGAUCAUCUGGGGGCUCUGCAGUCCCCACCCUUGAGGCGGCCACCCUGCUCGUCACUCUCAUCAACCAGUCAAAUGUACUCUCCAUCGAAGAGUGAUAUGACAUUACGAGACUCUGGAAAUCCCAAUCCAGUGAUUCCCACAGCAGCUGAUCUCCUCCUGGCGCUGGCCAACUCCAAUGUCCCAGAUGCUGGGAGAUCAAUGUCACCAGAUCGAACCCUUCAGCAACCGGCGCUGAGUAAAAGCCCAACGUGUGACAGUGGGGCGAGCAGCAGCUCCCAGAGCUCGACACCGUCCACACCUCUGUCGUCAGCUUGUCUGCUCGUUGCUGCUGCUGUUGGGCCACUGGCGCCUGGCUUCAAAUUCCCAAAGACCAAAAAGGCGAUGAUGAAUGAGUGGCUGAGGGAGUCACCAGAUUUAUCCCAGCUGCCACCCAGGACCCUGCCUCUCGUCUCCACGAUUCCAGUGUCGAAGGAGUCACCUAAAGGAAGUGAUCAACUGUCCUCAGACUAUCUGAAUCAGUCCAUAAACUAUGGGGCCAAGAGUCUGGCGACUCUUGUUCAAGCUGCCAACUCAGUCUCUGGAAUUUGCGAUUCUCCUCCCCAGAGGAAGGGAGCAGCUUGUGCCAAUGCACAGAAUCCCCAGUGCCCUGUGUCAUCGGGAUCAGCUAAGAAACGGUGGUUGAGGCAGGCUAUAUCUGAAGAGUGCGAUUCACCGAACAGCAGGCCUGACAGCCCUCCCAAUGAGACUGUGGCUGCACCACCGAAGAAGAGGAGAAUAGCCAGGGAGAGUUUAUCCUCGGAUAAUUACACUCCGCCAACUACUCCCACCCCUUCCACUGCUGAUUGUGCUCUGAUGGGACUGGGCAUUGGCGAUCACUCGGUGUCGGCGUCUGUCGACAACGUCUCGGAGAGGCCGGCCUUCCUGUCCUCAUCGUCACGAUCGUUAUCCCCCACGACGUUGGAGAGACAGAUCAAGAGUUACUUGGACGCUGAGAUGAAGGAGGAGGAGCAGUCGGACAUGAAGAAAUGUGAGUUCUACGAUAUUUGUAAGAUUGAAAAAACCGGUGAAAUUGAUGAGGACAUACCCGUCAAACCUGAUAGCCCACAGGGGCUUGAUGACAAAUUAUGUUUGAGUAAUGCAAUGGUUGAUAUUAAAGUAGAUGAUUCGAUAAAAAUGGAAUUAAAAAAUGAACUGUCUGAGGGGGUGAAGGAUGAGCCGACGGAGGCAGACAGUAAUCAAGGUGAUAUUGAGUUUAAGUUAAACAUAAAGACUGAAAUCCAGAGUAAAUUGGAGGAAUCGAGUUUGGAUCUAAAUAUUAAAAUAAUAGAGAAUACGGUUUCUGUUUGCGAUAAGAGUGAGGAGAAGAAUGUUGACACUGUGGGGUUGGAGCCCAACGACACUGAGACUAGGCUUGAGUUUGAUAACAGCAGCACAUCGGAGCCAGGAAUAUCGAGUAUUAGUGUUAGUCCGAAGAAGGAGGAGAGCUUGGAGGAGGAGAGGUCGAAUGAGACCAGCAAGGACGAGCUGAAACUGGAUGAGCCCAUGUCGUUGGACGAAUUCGAUGUCGAGGCUCAGAUGAAGAAGAUCACUGGGGAUGAUGGGGACGACUACAAGGAGAAGAUUGAGAGCUCUUCGGAGAGGGACAAGAGUUUCGAUGGGAUUGAGGGCCUCAUGGAGAGCUCCAAGGAGGACUCGGGGUCCUCUGACAGAGACGACGACGUUGAGUUGAAUUUCAAGACUGUCAAGGCCUCUGGGGAUCAGGGGAGGGACGUCAAGGAGCCUGAUAACGUGGAGGAGCGAGCCUUCAAGGAAUUCGAGACCCUGGCUAGUCUCGAGGUGCUCAACGCUGCUAAGGAUUCACAGGAGCAGAGCAAAAAUGAGUCAAUUGCUGCUGCGGGCAAUUGCUCCUCGGAGGAAUCAAUGUUCGAUUCGAUAUCCAAUCUCGACUGCGAGUCUGUCAAUGAAUCCCCGAAGAUAUUUCAGUCGAUUCCACCGUUGAGUGAACGAAUUCGAAAGAAAAAUGAGAGCUCGUCGGCUCCCAAGAAACAGCUGGACUUCGAGGCGGCGAUUAUUGAAUCGACUAUUGAUAUGGAGUCGGUGGAGAUGUCGAAUGGCGAACACAAGACUGAAUUGUCCACUGCACUUCGUCAGCUGCUGGAGGGAAAGGUCGACCAGGAGCCAACGGUGGUGAAUAGUACGAGUUCGAUGGAUAAAGAGCCUGGAAGUCCACCGUUGCAGCAUAUCAAUGAGUCCCCAGAGGCCACACGUUCCCCAGAAAUUCCGAGUCUCGUGGCGAUUGAUGCGCCGAAAUGUGUGGAUCCAGUAUUAGUAGUUGCAGCUGCGAUUUCUCAAGUUCCACCCCCACCACCGCCUCCAUUGUCCCCUCAGGGGGUGCCACCGGUGCAGGCUGAGGUGAAGAGACUGAAGGAUCCACGAACGGCGCCUCAUGAGAGACCACCGCCGGACGCGCCUCCACCGAUCAAACGGAAAUUGUCGAUAUCGGAGUAUAGGAAGAGGAAACAGCAGUCUACGGGGACUCCAACUGAGCCUGAACCGGCGAAUGAUGCGUCCUCCUCGGAGAAGAGUCCGGGACGGGGGAGGUCGGACAGCGCCAGCAGUGGCACAUCUUCACUGAGCUCUGAUGAGGACAGUGCGAAGACCACUGUUGAGACUGCAAUGGCCUUGACUAAUUUGUCGCUGUUGACCGCUACUGAUGGCGAGGAACGGAAAGGCGGGGAGGAAGGAACAAUUGGUUGGUCAGCAGCACCAACUCUCGUCGAAAGACAAAGGGAAAACCUUACUGAAAGACUGAAACGUGAAUUUGGAUUGUUCCUAAGUGACGAUGAGGAAGAACGAGCUCGAAAACAAGGUCUAACAGCAGAAGCCAUCCUGAAGGCUCGAAAGCUGUCCUCCCCACCCCAAGUGACGCUAUCGGGUGCAGCAAUGACGUACAAUCCAGGAAUGCCCCCUCAACUACCACCUCAGCCCUACAUACCACCACCAGGCUCAGCACCAAUUCACUACACACUGUUGCCGGGUAAGGCUACGUCCAGCCAGCAGUACCAAAAUUUCACCCCCCCAAAUCCACCCCCCACAACAUCCCCAAGUGGUGCUACCAAUCCCCCCAAACAGCCCCCCCAAUUCCUCAUGCCCCAAGCCCCCCCAGGCUCAAACCCCUAUCCCCCCCAAUUUCCCCCCACCGCAAGUGCUAUCGUCACAGCUCCCCUCUUCACUCCAAACACCCCCCCCCCCCCCCCCCCCCCCCCCCCCCCCCCCCCAUGA